AUGUCCGUCAUCUCGGACAUUGGUCCAAAAAACACCCUGCCAUCAGUCAACAUGGGCCUGCCCAGCCACCUGAUUGAGUGCCACCACCCAUGGCCGGCCUACACCACUCACACAGCCCCUGUGGUGAAGAUGCUUGUUGAGCAAGAUGAGCUGAGAAAGACUAUAUCCGCCCCCAUGGCGGGAGGAAAGCCAAGCGGAGUGCCUCCAGAAGCAGAUUUGGUAGAGAAAACCCAAGUGCCAUCGCAGCUCAGUGGAGGUAGCUGUCCUAAUGGGAUUACUAAGGACUCUGUAGGAAAGGCCAAGUCUAAGGCUGAGAGCAGUUUGCCAUCACACAGCAUAUGCAAUAGGGUAAUUUUUGCUAGGAGACCUCCCUUGCAUGUGUUACCGUAUAGCUCCUUCGUAUGUUCCAGCAAGAAGAAAUCAUCUGUCCACAGCUAGAAACAAAGAAAAGAAAAGACUCUCAGGUCUGGAGUGUAUUGAACUACUCUG